AUGGAUAUCGAUGAACCAUUUGGUGGAAAAGUAAUGAUUUUUGGUGGUGAUUUUCGUCAAGUACUACCAGUAGUUCCAAAAGCGACGAGAGUUGAGACUGUAAAUGCUAGCUUGGUAAAAUCAUACUUAUGGCCUAAAAUACAAAAAAUUCAGUUAACAAGAAAUAUGAAAGCAAGAACAGAUCCAGCAUUCAGUGUUUUUUUGCUUCACAUCGGCAAUGGGGAAGAGCAUACAAUAAAAGAUGAUAUGAUCCUCCUCCCUGAGCAAUUGGUUAUCAAACCUAACGGUAAUAUUAGUGGUGAAGAUCGCUUAAUAACAGAAAUAUUUCCAUCAUUAAACGAAAAUGGAAGUUGUGCAAAGUACAUGACAAAAAAAGCUAUCUUAGCUAGCAGAAACGAAUAUGUUGAUCAACUAAAUGAGAUGUUGAUUGACAAGUUCCCUGGUGAGAGCAAAAUAUUUCACAGUUUCGACUCAGCAGAAGAUGAUACCAACAACUACUAUCAGGAAGAAUACUUAAAUACAUUAACACCAAAUGGCCUUCCACCGCACAGGUUGAUUUUGAAGAAAAAUGCGCCCAUCAUGUUAUUAAGAAAUAUAGAUCCGUCAAAUGGACUAUGCAAUGGUUCAGGCUAUGAUAUCCAAUCAGCUUGA